AUGGAGUUCCCAAACUUUGUCAAAAAGUUUAGAGAGAGGAUUGGCCAUUACUUCCCAAGUAGUACUACAGUAGUGUCACCCAACUCCCCUAGUACUGUAGGUUUAUCCUUUGAAUCCUCCGCUAACACGGUGACACAACGAGCUGAGCUACAGCUGGAAUUGGAAGAGAGUAGCCCGGUAGUUGCUGCUGAAACCAAUAAUUUCGAUAGGUCGAUGCUAUUCAUGGCAUUCUGUUUAACAUCAGGGGUUGAGAUAACUCUGUAUUCUCUACAAGCUGGAAACGGCGGGAGCCGUAAUCGUAAUCAUGAUCCUGACUCACUUCCUUUGUGUUUCCAAUUGUUGUCAUUUGCUAUUUUACUUGCUUUCACUUUACUCUUCGUGGGAAGAUUUAUAAAGAGCAAUUACCCGGCUGAAUCUGAAUUGCUAGAGCGGGCAGGGAUUUUAUUUGCCACUACUGCUUUCUUCCAUGUCAUGACAAUGCCCCUUUCUCUAUUUCUCAAAGGUUGCUCUUGGGGCGUCUAUCUCUUCUCCUUGCUUGCUAUUGCUAUCUGCAACUAUUACUAAUGCGCUCUAGUCAAUGCAGAGAAAUUAAAUCGUGGUCAUAGUUUUUUUAUAAUAAUGAGGACAGUUUUCUUUGGGUUAUAAA